CCGGUCGGUUCUUGCCAGUUACACCUGAUGCAUCCUCCGAUGAGGUGAAAACAAACGUCGUUUCUUCGUAAUGUUUCGAUGCGGGGGAUUUUAUCCGUCUCUCAUUUUUGGAGAGAUGGAAUUUUUUUCAAAAAGUAGAUUUCUGUUUCUAGAUAGUACCUUCACUUCUAUGCACGUGCUAAGUUUAUUUUCGGAUACUCUAAACUAGGUACAGGAAGAAGAAUGGAGGAUGGAAGCUGGUCGGCGGGAAACCUCCGCUUGGUCCCGUACACUCGGGAUUCUUUAGCCAGGCAAGAGAGUCGCUGCAGGUCUGCAGAAGCCCGACGAGAGGAGCAUGGAUUUAAGAGAGAACGAAAUGCUAAUUUACCUGAAUGUGAGUGCGUCUGCAUAGCCCCCGAUCUGCUACCAUCUAACAUCUUUUAUACACCUCUUGAAGAUGUUGGGCAGUUUGGUCCAGAUAAGACAUUCUGUGUAAUUGCCAAGCGGUCUUCCAGUUACUUCCUGUACCGUUACUCAGCCGAGGAUUCACUUUUCCUCUUUAGUCCGUGGUCUUGUGUGAGAAGAUUUGCCAUUCGAAUUUCUUGUCACAGGUACUUCGAGUUGUUCGUCAUGACCACUAUACUUAUAAACUGUGUCUUCCUAGCCCUUUCUCAACCAAUAGAAGAAACUGAAUAUGUGUUCCUUAUCAUCUAUACCAUCGAAGUGAUGAUCAAGACCAUCGCCAAAGGAUUCAUCGUAAACAAAUAUUCUUAUCUUCGGAAUCCCUGGAACUGGCUGGAUUUCAUCGUUGUUGUUGCUGGAUAUAUCACUCUAAGUUUACAAGCUAUUGGUGUAGCGAUUGGAAAUUUAUCUGGACUUCGAACAUUUCGAGUGUUAAGAGCAUUGAAAACUGUUUCCAUAACACCAGGACUGAAAACCAUUGUGAAUGCCAUGUUACACUCUCUUGGAAUGCUCGCCGAAGUGAUGACCCUUACAGUCUUUUGUUUGAUGGUGUUUGCAUUGUUGGCUUUACAGCUAUACGUAGGUUUGUUACGGCAGAAAUGUGUUUUGAAUGUUCCUUCACAAAAUAUUUCUCACGAAAGUUACGCCAUUUAUGUCAACAACAGAUCCAUGUGGCUUUUGGAUGGAGAUGGUCAACCUGCUGUUUGUGGGAACAAAACAGGAGCAAGGAAGUGUCCAGAGAAUUAUUCUUGUUUGCCUGGUAUAGGAGAAAGCCCAAAUUUUGGUUACACGAAUUUUGAUUCUUACGGAUGGGCAUUACUAACCACAUUCCAGCUCAUCACUCUAGAUUACUGGGAAGAUGUUUAUAACAAGAUAAAUGCCACAACAGGGCCAACCAGUGUCUUUUUCUUCAUGCUCGUGGUGUUCUUUGGUUCCUUUUAUCUUAUCAACUUAACUUUAGCUGUUGUCGCUAUCGCCUAUGAAGAAGAAGCUGCCACUACUCUAAGGGAAAAAGACAAAAUAAAAAGGUUCACAAGCAAUCUUCCUAAUCGGUUGUAUUCUACACUUCUUGCUUUGAAAGCUCAAACAAGGAUGUUCCGACCAACAUUUCGAAGGCGCUCACGCCAGCCGCAACGUUGGUGCAGUCCAAGAAGAGGAGCAGGCAUACCUUCUGCACUGAGAGCCGCACCAAGCAGGAUAUCUACACCCAGGAGUGAAAUAGUCGGGACUACUAACAACACAUUACGCAGCCCGGUACGCACCUUCGCGCCAGGUGAGACAUUAUACGAAGAAAUUGAAGAAGAAGACGACCAGCGUGUUCAUCUCUCCAAGCAACCCAUGUGUCUGAGAGAAGCUCCUGAUAUUGUCAUCAGCACUGGAGGCCAAUUACCAGUCAUCGGAAGGGUCAUAAGAAGUCAUCGAUUUACUCGCAAAACCUCGAUUCAUCCUUUUGAUACUCUUCAGAGACUACCCAGUGAACAAAGUCUUCGGGUCACGUGGUGCAGAAUACAUUUUGGCUAUUGCUAUCGGCGAGGUGGACGAAUGCUACAAGCUGCUCUGCGUUUUGUGUCAAGACUGAGAAGGUAUCUAGCUGUCAUUGUCAGUGAUCCUCUAUUCGAUAUGAUGAUCACUGUUUGCAUUCUCCUCAACACGGCCUUCCUUUCUGUGGAACAUUACGGAAUGACUGCGAAAACUGAGAGAAUACUCAGGUUUGGCAAUCUGGUUUUCACAAUUAUAUUUUCGUUGGAAGCAGCUGUAAAGUUGGUAGCAUUAGGGCGAGACUAUUUCAGGAGCAAGUGGAAUCUGUUCGAUUUUGUGGUGGUGGUCGUAAGCUUGGCGGAUCUCAGCUUUGAGACAGUUGGUGGUCUAUCUGUUCUCAGGACAUUUCGACUGCUCAGAGUAGUGAAACUGGCACAGGCCUGGCCAACAAUGCGUUUAUUGCUCACAAUCAUCGCUAGUACGUUGGGCGCUGUAGGAAAUAUGACUUUUGUCCUAGCUGUCAUAGUUUACAUAUUUGCUAUAAUGGGAGUACAACUUUUCAGCGAUAUAUAUACAGCAGAAAAUUUCGCUCCGGCUCCUGUGCCGAGGUGGAAUUUUACUGAUUUCUGGCAUUCUUUGCUAAUGAUGUUUCGUAUACUUUGUGGAGAAUGGGUGCAACCUCUUUGGGAUUGCAUGCGAGGGGCUGGAGAGAAGUAUCAAGUGUGUAUAGUUCUGUUUCUUGUGGCCUUGACGGUGGGUAAUUUCCUUGUCCUCAAUCUCUUUCUCGCAAUGUUGCUCAAUUCUUUCAACUGCCAGGAACUCAAAGAAAAGAGGGAGAGAGGAGCUUCUGAUUCGAAAUUGCUGAAGGGUUUUCGGAAAAUCCGAGGGGUUAUUCGUCGGAAUGCCAACGAAUCGGAGACGACAUGCAACGACCCCUUUCCACAUCCCCUCCCAACGCAACAGAUGUUCCGGAAUAGGAGGUGGUCAGAACCAGGGAUCCGCUUGCCUCCCGUUUCGUCUCGAAGAGCCAGCGAAAUUUCCGUCAGUGAUUUCGAUAAAUUUCGGAAAGCUAGAGGAAUCCCAAGUACUUUGAGCAACUACAGCUCAGCAAGGAUAUUAGCCUUAUCGAACAAAAGUCUUGCUGAUCAUCUGCCAUCCGUAGAAGCUAUAGAAGAGGAGCCGCACUACAGUUCAAGAAAUGAUAGUAGAAUCAAAAUUCAGAACGAAGACAGUAAUAUCAAAGAACCACCAGAAUGUUGUCCUCGUUGCGUGUUCAGGCAUUUUGACACUGAUGGCAGACCUUUCUUCAUUUGCUGGAGAAAAAGUCGAAAAUUCAUUCUUAAAAUUGUGGACCACAAGGCGUUUGAAUGGAUUAUUUUGCUCCUCAUCUUUUGCAGCAGUGUCGUCCUGUGCUUUGAAGAUGUCUUUCUGCCUGAAAAGCCUCUGUUGAUGAAAAUUUUAGGAUUUUUCAAUCUAUUCUUCACAGCAUGUUUUGUUCUGGAAGUUUUACUUAAAUGGAUGGCCUAUGGCUUUGUCAUCUACUUUAGCAGCUUAUGGACUACGAUGGAUUUCAUCAUUGUUUGCGUAUCUGUGGUGAGUAUUGUAGCUGAAAGUUCUGGAAGUGGCCUUUACGUUCUCAGAGCUUUUCGGACAUUGAGAGCUCUGCGUCCUCUCAGAGCUAUAUCGAGAUGGGAAGGCAUGAAAAUUGUAGUCAACGCCUUAAUGUCAGCUAUUCCUUCAAUCUUCAAUGUUCUGUUGGUAUGCCUCGUUUUUUGGUUAAUCUUCAGUAUAAUGGGUGUGCAGUUUUUCGGUGGGAAAUUUUACCGAUGCGUGGAUGAGACUGGACGGACCUUACCCGUAGAAGUGACGCCGGACGUCGGACAAUGUAUGGUCCUGAAUUAUUCAUGGGUGAAUCGAGACAUCAACUUCGAUAACGUCGGAAAUGCUUAUCUUGCUCUCUUUCAGGUGGCCACUUUCGAGGGAUGGACAGAAGUAAUGGAAUAUGCUACUGACACGACUGAAGUAGGUCAGCAACCGUACACCGAAGCUAACUUUCCUGCUUACAUUUACUUCGUAACCUUCAUCAUUUGCGGCUCCUUCUUCACGCUUAAUCUAUUCAUAGGAGUCAUCAUCGAUAAUUUUAACAUGCUGAAGAAAAAGUAUGAAGGAGGAAUUGCCGAAAUGUUUUUAACGGAGAGCCAGAGAGCUUACUACACUGCAAUGUUGAAACUGGGUCGGAGGAAGCCACAGAGGAUCGUUACGCGGCCGCAGAACAGAUAUCUCAGGAUCUGCUACGAUAUCGCACUGAGCAGAAGAUUCGAAAUGGUUGUGUUCAUUCUCAUCAUCUUGAACAUGGUGGCCAUGACAGUAGAACAUUAUCAGCAACCUGAACAAAUUACCUCCAUUCUAGAAACUUUGAACAUCAUAUUCACAGCCAUUUUUAGCAUGGAAGCUCUUAUCAAAAUUAUAGGACUCAGGCAAUAUUACUUCACCUUUCCAUGGAAUAUUUUUGACCUUGUAGUCAUUCUGUUGUCUAUUAUUGGUAUUAUUUUCGAAGAAGCAUUGCAACAGCUUGUAAUCAGUCCAACGUUGUUAAGAGUUAUACGACUUAUUCGUAUAGGUCGGAUAUUGCGUCUAAUUAAAGCAGCGAAAGGUAUUCGAAAGUUGCUUUUCGCCCUUGUCAUAUCUCUGCCAGCCCUAUUCAACAUUGGAGCGCUUCUUUUCCUUGUCACUUUCGUAUAUGCCAUCAUCGGAAUGUCUCUGUUUGGUCAUGUUAAAUUACCAGAAGCAGGAUCGGGAACAGGAGGAUUGUCUGAAAUGGUCAACUUCCAGACAUUUGCCAAUAGCAUGAUACUCCUGUUUCGACUGGCCACUUCCGCUGGCUGGAAUGAUGUUCUAGAUGCUCUAAUGGUACAACCUCCUAAUUGUGAUAUUCAUUUCAUGAACUUGCCAAAUGGUAAUUGUGGCCAUCCGACAUUAGCAGUCAUCUACCUUGUCACAUACAUUAUCAUCAACUUCAUGGUUAUCAUCAAUAUGUACAUAGCAGUGAUUCUAGAGAAUUUAAGCCAAGCCAGCAAGGAAGACAUAGGUAUAUCUGAAGAGGAUAUUGAGAUGUUUUACGUGUGUUGGUCACAGUUUGACCCCAAUGCUACGCAAUUUAUUCAUUACAGUCAGUUAUCAGAUUUUGUGGAUUCAUUAGAUCCUCCGCUGGGGAUUGAAAAACCAAACGAGCCAGCACUGGUAGCCAUGAAUCUUCCCAUUGCUACUGGUGACAGGAUCCAUUGUUUGGACAUUUUGCAUAGUUUGGUGAAUUUAGUACUUGGAGAUGUAGAGGACACAGAGGAAUUCCGAAUAGUACAAAGGCAAGUUGAUCAAAGGUUUCGGAAAACAUUUCCAACAAGAAAUUUAGUAGAAAUCAUAUCAACGACGCAUAAACGCAAGCAACAAGACAAUGCUGCCAAAGUGAUCCAAAGGACAUAUAAGAAACAUCUGAGCAGACUAAAAAAUCGGACAGACAAUAAGAGUUAAAAUAUACAUGCUUUGCAUUUAUUUAUUUAUUUAUUAGUUUUAAAUAAAAUGCUUUUUAUGAAA